GCGAACGCAUAUUCGCAGCAGCAGCGGCAGCGAGCGGCAGCAACACCACGGCAACUCGGCGUCGCAGCACACUGUGUCGCACUCUCGCAGCGGAACCAGACACACAACCCAGCAGCAGCAGCAGCAGCAGCAGCAGUAGGACCAGAACGGUGGUGUGCAUCAGUAGUAGAGCGCCAGUGCAACGGCAAAGCAGCAGCGGCAGCAGCAGCAGCAUCCGUAGCGGCAACAAAACCAGAAAUCAGAACAGAUUGACUGUCGUACACGCAGUGAACGAGGCGCACGAUAAUAGCGGGCCCAUACCAGAAAGAGAGAGCGAGAGAGAGAGAGAGAGAGAGAGAAAGAGAGAAAGCGACAGAGAUAUAGAACCAAACCGAUGACGACGAUGAUGAGGAUAAUGAUGAUGAUGAUGAUAAGGAUGAUGAUGAUGAUGACGAUGAUGAUGAUGAUGAUGAGCAAUUAAUGCAAGCGAAGAGUGAGAACCUUCAAACCGGCACACCCCACAGACAGAGAACCGACAACAGCAGCAGCAGCAGCCACCCAUAAGCAUAAAUAGUAACAACAACAACAACUAAAACCAACGAUCCGACAACGAUCGUCAUCGAUUGUACCCUGUGUGUCCCCCCGACGAUUCCCUGUUUCCCGCCAGAACGAAAAGGCGAAGAAAAUCUAACCAACCGCCACCCCCGCACCCACCACCCCGUACAGCAGAACGAUCCUUCUGACAUAUCGCAUCAUGAUCAGCCGCACCAGCAGCAUUAGCAGCGGCAGCAGCAGCAGCAGCAGCGGCAGCAACAGUAGCAACAGCAGCAACAACAACAGGAGCAGCGAGGUGGCACGCUGCUGCAAUCCGGGCAGCUCGGUGGCCGCCCCUACCGACCGAUAAAGAGCAAGAGCGGCCAACGCACGCACCAGCGAGUGGUUGUAUAUGCACAUCGUGUAAGUGCGCGAGAGUGUGUUCGUGUGUGUGUGUGUGUGCUGUGUGUGUGUGCGUGCCCUGUGUAUGUGUGUAUGUGUGUGAGAGGAUGUGUGUGUGUAGUCUACAGUGAAUGUGAUCAAUUCAAACCCCAAGGGAUUAUCGAAAUCAAGAGACCGAACGACCGACCGAAAAGAAGGACGAUCCACCUGCAGCAGGAGAAGCGACACCAUCUCAUUUCUCCCUCCCCCUCCCCCACAUCCUCUCAGAGCAUGAACGGUGGUGGGUAGGGUGCGUGGUAAUUCCUGUGCGUGUGUGUGUGUGAAAGUGUAACGCCAAUGCGUAAAGACACCCUUGGCGAACGCUGCGCUGCAACGGUUUAGAUGCGUAGCCCCGCGUCUCCGAUCACCUGUUGCCUGGUUCCCCGGUCCCACUCCUCUCAGUGUGCCGGAAGUUCGCCACCGCACGUGUGUGCGUGCGUGCGUACGUGAGUGUAUGAGUUCGCGGUAACCACCGAUCGCUUCAGUUCCGAUGAGGAGGCGCCAGCACCGCGCAGGAGCAGCGCCUCGACGGUGUAAGACGACGAGAUCAUCAUCCUUAUCAUCAGGAGUAGCAGCAGCAGCAGCAGCAGCAGCAGCAGCAACCAGCGCUCAGAGCAGUAGCUGUAGUAGCAGCAGCAGAAGAAUUAACCACAACCACAACAGCAGCAGCAACAGCAGCAGCUGCUGCAGAAGCGGCGGGAGCAGAGGAUCGACGGCGACGUCGACGACACUUCUUCUUGCCGAGGGAAGUGUCCUGCGUGUGACAUUGACGAGCCCGCGACCAGGUGCCUUUUCGACACAACAACAACAGCAACAACAGCAACAACAACAACCCCAGCAGCAACACACCACACUUGACUGACAGUGUAACAGUAACAUCAAACCCCACCACCACCAUUAUCACUACUCCCGUUAUUACCAAACGACAAACGCCGCUACCGCAUGACUUGAGAGUGAUCACGACGAUCAAGACAGUAGGAGUGCUAAGUAGCAGCAGCAGCAACACCACCAGUAGCAGUGGGUGGUGAUCAUCAUCAUCUUUUUCGCGGAAAGGGGAGAGGAUUUCAGCAAACGGGCGACGACGGACACACAGUGCCGCUGAUCUUCCCCCUCGAAUCCCAAUCGUGUGACCGUGUCCUUGUGUGUGUGUGUGUAUGAGUGCGUGUCACCGGGCAGGGCAGGCACUUCGGGGCGUGCGUUCUUCUUCAAUCAAUCCAACAACCCACCAACCCACCCAUCGCUCUGCUCCUGUUCGCCGCUAAGGAAGAGAUCUCGCUAAGAGAGAAGGGAAAAAGGCACGACAUCCGUGCCGUGUGUGCUGUGCCGUGCUGUGCUGUGCUGUGCUGUGCUGUGUGUGUGUGCGUGCGUGCGUGAUCUCUAGUGUGCCGGUUGGGCCGGUUGUUUUAAGCGGAAGAGGUAGAGCCCCCUGCGUCCGGUUUUCUUUUGUGAUAACGCGCCGUGUGCGCGCAUGUGAGCGUGCAUGAGCGUGCUUCCUGUCCUCUGUCGUCGGUCUCUCGAGUAAGGGAUCAAACGCGCGUUGAUCGAUCCCGUGUUGAACCGUUGGUGCGAGAGUGAGAGAGCGAAAGAGAGGGUGACGGGACCAUCUGGAGAGCCACAAUCAACCUUCCACCACCAGCAGCAGCAGCAGCAGCAACAGCAGCAACAGCAGUAGCAGGAUCAGUUGCAUCUCUCGUCAACCUACCUACACACUCCUCGCAAACGCAACUCCCGCGUGAUAUCCUCGUAGAUAUCCCUUUGGAGGAAGAACAUUGUGGAAUCAUCCCACAGCUCAGCAGCGCGACCGAGGUUCUGGCUGCGUGCUGUUUUGAAAAGGAUUAUCCGCGCUGCGCAUCGCGUGUGUGUGUGCGUGUGUGUGCGUUAUUCUUGCGUGUGACGUCACCGCGGACUUCGAUAGAGGCAGGACUCUCAGCUCAGGAUCGUUGCGUUGGUUAACCUUAACCCUCUCGCUCUUUGUUUUUGUUGUUGUUGUUGUGGAUUGGAAGCAGCCAACCAGCCAGCCAGCCAACAGUGUCCGGACAGAGACAGUCAUCUCCUCAAGCACUGUUGUACGAUCACGACGAUACGCCCGCGGCCCGAAAACCGCCGCCAUCGCGUGUGUUUGUGUGUGUAUAUAUAUAUAUGUGAAAUACACCUACCUCUCUCGCUCUCUCGCUCUCUCUCUCUCUCACUCACUUCGUCUGUGACACGCGCACACCGUGUCCCUGUCCUGUCAAGCCAGGUCCAGCAGGUCCACCAACCACCAACCUUCCUCCCAACCUUUCCCCACCGGUCAACCCUCUUCCCCCCUCCAUUUGCUGCGGGGAAAGGUGCUAGGACAUCCAGUCAACCACGAGCUUGUGUGCGCCCUCGGUAUUUGUGUGUGUGUGUGUGUGUAGUCUGUUGUGCGUGUGCUCUGUCAAUCACGCAUACGCACACCUUCCGCAGCAACAGCGCAGCAACACACCACCAACAGCAAAAGCGACAGCGGGCGGGCGGACGGGCGGGCGGUUCACCGAAUUCUGAGAGUGUGCCUUCAGCGCAUACUACCCCGCAACCCGCGCACCCUCACAAUCAACCAUCUAUCCCCCAACCCCCACACCCCCCAACCCCCGGUUUCAUCCCCGCUGAUCGGUCGCGCCAUAUAUGGAGUGCUGGGCAGGAGACGCCCGACUGGCGAGUUACUACUAUUAAGGUACGUUUAGUGGACCACAUUAUAAAUCACACACACCAAUUCCCGUAAGCUCUCUACUACUCUACACACAAACAGCUCUGUGCCGCGGAAACCAACCUGCUCUUAGGUGUCUCGGGGCAGCGUAAGCUGUCACCGACAUGGGCAGUGAUCAUUACUGCUUGAGGUGGAACAAUCAUCAAUCCAACCUUCUCGGGGUGUUCAGCCAGUUGCUUCAGGACGAGAGUCUGGUGGAUGUCACACUCGCCUGCUCCGACGGUGCCACCAUCCGAGCCCACAAGGUGGUUCUAUCGGCCUGCUCCUCGUACUUCCAGACGCUGUUUCUCGACCAUCCGGCCCGGCACCCGAUCGUCAUCCUGAAGGACGUCCGCCUAACCGAGCUGCGCACACUGAUCGAUUUCAUGUACAAGGGCGAGGUCAAUGUCGAGUACUGUCAGCUAUCGACACUACUAAAGACGGCCAAAUCGCUCAAGGUGAAGGGUUUGACGGAGAUGACCAACCAGAGCAGCCCGCUGACGGAGCCGAAGCUUGAACCCGAGCGACUGAGAGCACACAGCAGCAGUAGCAGUAGCGGCAGUAACCAUCAUCACCACCACCAUCACCACCAUCAUGGUGGGAACGGUGCCAGCACCGGUAGCAGUGGCAGCGGUGUUGCAGCACUUGCUGCCUCCGAAGCGAUACUACCGACCAACCUGUCCCGGUCCUCACCGACGAUGGCGGCACAAACAGCGACCGUUACGGCCGUCAUCACCACCAGUACUACCACCGCUGCCCUAACUACCUCGAGCGGGCUCCUCGACAGUGGCGGUGGCGGCAGCAGCAGCAGCAGCGGCAACAUCCCGAACGACAACAGUUCCUCCUGUACUACGGUCAGUAGCACUAGCACAAGCAUCACGACCAGCAGCAGCACCAGCAGCACGGUCAGUAGUGGAACAGCAGUAGCAGCGAUGACGACGACGACGACGACGACGGCAACAGCAACAUCAGCGGCAGCUAGUGAUGGUCUGCAUCGUGCUGCGGGCACGACAACCGCACAGUUGUCACAACAGCAGCAGCAAGAGCAUCACCAGCACCACCUGCUACAGCAACAUCCUCAUCUUCCACAUCACCACCACACGCACCAUCAUCACCUACCGGCCAACAGUGUAAGCGCUCAGUCGCAGCGCCGAUCCGGUACUGGGGUCGGCAACACCAGCACGGUAGCAACCACGUUCACCUCACCAUCGGUAACUACUACUAGCAGCAAUAGCAGCACCAGCAGCAGCAGCAGCAGUGCCAGCAGCAGUGCCAGCAGUACAACCAAUAACCCCCUGCUGCUCAAUAGCAGGAGCAGCAGUGGUCACGGUGGUGACGGUGUAACGGACCUCUCAACCACGACGCUCGGCCGAAGUCGUUUGCUGGACAAUGACGACGGCGAACCGGUGGCGGCCGACUGUAGCAGCAGCCGCAGCAGCAGGAGUCCCGCUGGUGGUACCAUCGUCACCGAAGGCCUGCUCACCUCACCGAACCACUGCUCAAAAGCCACACAGCCGCAUGCGCUGGGCGCUGAGAGCAUUACUUCUACAGCUCCAAACCCUGCGCCCCUGCCAUUGACGCGGAAGGCGCAACGUGAUACCGGUAUAGCCUCCUCCUCGUACACCUCCUCAGCGUUGUCGGCCUUGGCCGUCUCCGCCGGUAAUAGCAACAGUAGCAUCGCUACCACAACAAAUAGUAACACCACCAGCAGCACCGGCACCAGCACGACGAUUGCUACGACGACGGCGGCGGCUGCUGCACCAAUGGCUAGGGCCGCCGCAUCGGCAACAGCAGCACCUACAUCGCCUCCGACGACAAGCACCUCACCGUUUCUCUCGAUCGCGGCCCUAGCGGCCGGCAGUAACAGUGGGACGGCUGCAGAUGAAGGCCCGCAUCCGAGGCCCCGACCGGCGAUACAGAGUCCGCUCCUGCAGCAGGAUCCGGAUGGUGAAGCCGCCAGUGUGCUGUCGUCGCAGCUGGCUGCCGCGGCCAUUAGCAGCGAUGCGCUGCAUGAAGUAGUGGCAGGUGGUGCCCAUCAUCACCACCACCACCACCAUCCUCACCAAACGUCGCGGCAUCACACGCUCCAACAGCACCAGGAGGAGGAGCAAAGACGAAGGGACGAAGGCGACGGACUCGGUCGGCAUGCGGAGGAUGAAACUGGUGGAGCAUUAAGGCUUGCCCUGGGUAGUGAGGCCACUGACACUGGCUCACAGCAGCCGCGGGAGACCGGCAAGGAAGUGUUGGAUGCUGGCAGCAGCACCACCAGCACCACACACAGCAAUGUAAGCAAUAAACUCGUCCUGACAAUCGGUGGGCGAGUGAGUGAUCCACGGCACGUACCGCCGGAACGACUGCUACAGCAGGACGAAGAAGACGAUGACGACGACAUCGCGGACGGAGCGGUGGAGAGGGAAGAGGAAGAUGAAGGGGAGGUGCGGCAGCGUCACGUACAUCGCAUGAUUGCGGCCAACACCACCACGACCAGCAGUGCGCUUAUCGGCGAGCUACCGGACCGGCCGGAAACAGCCAGCACCACCGCCACCGACCGUGUCCACCACCGCCAUCACCACGCCGGUAGUCCUAGUGGGCGGCGAAGCGGCAGUGAGCUCAGAAGUCCCACCUCUAGCAGCGCGAACCUGCGGCUGUCUAGCAGCGAUCUGCUGCGUGAUAUUGAGCAGGGCGGCGAGGAGCCGCGCGUACCACCACCAGCAACGCAUCCGCUGCUGUUGCGCGACGUGAUGGCUUCCGGAGGUGCUGCCACUAAGGUGGACUAUGACGAUGACGAUGAUGAGGAGGAGGACGAAAACCUGCAUGAUGAGGAGGAAGACGAGGACGACGACGACGAGGAAGAGGAUGAUGAUGCGGUGGAUGCAGAAACCGCUACUGCGGACAUGCUGAUGGCGGCGGCUGCAGCCGCCCACGAUGCAGCGACCAGUAGUAUCCGACCGCGGCGUAUCCACACCACCUUCAAGGGCCGUGGUGCGGAAGAGGACGUCGAUGAGGUGAUGGAGGGUGCCCGUCGUGUCAGUGGGAUCGCUGGUGCACGCACCGGCCACAAUGAUGACGACGAUGAUGAUGACGACGAAGAGGAAGAGGAAGAUGAUGGGCCGCACGAUCUACACAUCGGUAGCAGCGGAGGCCCUAGUAUACUCGGUCAUAGUCGUCACCUGCUACAAUUGUCGCAUCAUCAUCACCACCACCACCAUCACCACCAUCAGCAGCAGUUGGCGGCCGCCGUAGCACAAACCAACAGCGAGAUGGCUGCCGAAUUAAUGCGAACGGCUGAGCAGCACCACCAGCAACGGCAGCAGCAGCAGCAGCAGCAGAAACGACAACAGCAUCGCCGACGGCGAUCCUCCGAUGAAGAAGCGGACCCACACCAGCGGCGAAGAAGUGAAGGGGGCACCGGUACUGGAAGUCGGGCCGGUAGCAACAAUAACAGCUUCAGCAACAACUCAGAGGACGAAUAUGAACCGCCGAUGAAGAUCAAAAGUGAAGUUGACUUUUCGGCCUUUUCGGGACUAAACAUGAGCCUCGCGGCGACUGGAGGUAGCGGAUCGACGGCAGCAGCAGCAGCAGCGGCGGCGGCAGCUGCGGCCACCCUUACAGCCGCCUUAAACGCCUCGGCCGCAUCAUCUUCCUCCACGACGGCUGGUGCAGCUGGCACCGGUGCGCUGCUGAUGGCCACGGACCUUCGACCCGUUUCGCGCGGAGGUAGUCUGACGGCGGAUGCGCUACUAGCGGCCACCGGCAGCAACACCAAUUCCUCUGCGGUGGUGGCUAGCGGAGCUGCCUCAUCAGGCACCACAACCUCGACGACGGCGAGCGGCAGCAGCAGCAGCAACAACAACAACGCUAGCAAUAGUAGCAGCAGCAACAGUGCCACCAACACCGGGAGCAGCGGCAAGAACGGCGACCGUGACCACCAGCAGCAGCAGCAAGCAGCUCGUGGUUCACCGCAGCACCUUCACCCACACCAUCAUCACCACCACCAUCUGCAGCAUCACCAGCGAAGUGCGGCGGCUGCAGCUGCGGCCGCCCUGGCCGUCUUCAAUUCGGGGCUCGCGAGCCCCUUGGCCACCGAACCGAUCGCGGGUCCCUCCGGCAUCAUGGCACCGGUCCAGCAGGUCCCACUGUCACUGAAGAAGGAGAUCGAUUGGGAUCGGAGCGACGACAAGUCGUCCGGUGACAGCUCGCUCGACUUCCGCCACCCGCACGACUCGAACCUGAGCCGACUGCUGGUUGGAACGUCGAGCGGAGCGACACCGGGUAGCGGUCCGUACCCGCGAUCCGGCAUGAAAUCGGCCCCACCCACGGCACCCGCGGCGGGCGCCAUCGGAUUCGGCUUUCCCGGGGCAGCCGUCGGUGCGAUCCCGUUCGUCUUUCCCUUUGCACCGCUCGGUCUCGGGCUGUUCGAUGCGGAUCCGCAGCGCCUGCUGACGCUGCUGCAGCACCAAUCAGCGCUGGCCGAGGAAGCCCUGCGGUACCGGAACCUGCUGUUCGGUUCGGCCGUCGGUUCGGCGUCGUCAUCCCCGCCAGCGGCAGUAACAUCGCUAGCGUCGGGGCUGGAGGAUUGUAAGGAAGAGCAACAGCAACAGCAGCAAUUGCCGCAGGCCUCAAAGCCAACGAUGACGAAGACAACGACAGCGACGACAGCGAUGGCAACGGCAACGACGACGGAGGCCGCCACCACCGCCACCAGCAGCAGCACCACCGCCACCAACACCGCAGGACUACCGGUCACGAUCCGUGUCCGGGAUGGGCUAACGAAGGAAGGAUUUCGCAACGGGAUGGGAGGAGAGGAGCUGCUGCUGCUGCGGAAGUUGCCCGGCAUCCCGGCAUCACCGGAGGUGCUGGAAUACCACCACGCACCGGCCACCACCCGCCGACCGUCCUCGUCGGCGUCCGACGUAGUGUGCGACGAGCUGUCCCUGUUCCGGGAGGCCGGGACGGCCGGUUCGGGUGGUGGGAGCGGCAGCGAGCAGCUUCCACCUUCCACCAAGUGCCACAUCUGCAUGGCCCACUUUCCGUCGGUGUGGCUGCUGGAGCAGCAUUCCGCUCUGCAGCAUCCCCACCUAACGCUGCACGACGACAAACCGUAUCAGUGCGGGCUGUGCGGCCAGAAGAGCCGGUACUCGUGCUGCCGCUACCGGACGGUGCUGGGCAAACAUCACCACCACCACCACCAUCACCCGCACCGCGCCGGGCCCGGACUGGAGUCGGGAGCGGUUGGCGGAUCGACGGGCCGUAGCCGGGUGCCGGCCGACAAGCUGUUCACCUGUGACGUGUGCGGCAUGCAGUUCCGCUACCUCAAGUCGUUCAAGAAGCACCGGCUGAACCACGCGCUCGAGCGCCUACACGGCAAGAAGGGAACGGUGGGAGCGUUGGUCAGCGCUGCACCAGCAGCAACAGCAGCAGCUGCUGCUGCUGCCGCCGCCGCCGCUGCCGUCGUCGUCGUCGACAGUGAACCGGCCGUCUCGAGCACGAACGAGCAACCGGACGGCGGUGGAGUAGCAAUGACGGCGGACGCGAUCGCGGCCGAUCUGCGCGGUUUAUUGCGUGACGCGGACGCACUCGAGUCAGCGGACGACGGCGAGCAGCGGGGACAGGACGGGGGCGAUGAGCAGGACGAUACGGUGUCGGAUUCGGCACCGGAACACCAUACCGCUGAGGGUCCAUCGAGUGCGAUCGAGGUCGAGGCGCAACCCAAGAUCAGCAGCAGUACGAGCACUAACGCCAGCAGCAGUAGCAGCAGCAGCAGCAGCAGCAGUAGCAGUAGCACUAGCAGCAGCAGCGUCGGCAAUGCCAGUAGCACUAGCGGUAGUAACGUCCCGGUCGCGAUCGCGAACAUGCCCACCAGCACGGCGUGCAAUGGUGGUAACGGUAGCGCCAGGACGAUGCUCACUCUGGACGAUUCGACGACACCGGAGCAGCUAAAGCGGUAUGGCCAUCACGCGCACCAACAGCACCAGCAUCAUCAUCAGCAUCAGCUGCUGCACGUGGCCGGAUCAUCGCUGACCGUCCACUCGAUGGAGGCCGAGUCAAGCAGUGCGCAGCAGCACCAGCAGCAGCAACAGCAACAACACAAAUCCCACAGCCACACGCUCAACAGUUUGAUCAACGCCGAAACGAUACCGCACCAUCGGCUGCUCGGGCUCGAUCCGCAGGAGGCCUCCAUCCUGAACUUUCUGCGCGUGGACGCGGCGGAGAAGCAGCGGGACCGGCGCUUCGCCUGCCCCUUCUGCGGCAAGUGCGUGCGGUCGAAGGAGAACCUGAAGCUGCACGUGCGCAAGCACACCGGCGAGCGGCCAUUUGUGUGUCUGUUCUGUGGCCGGGCGU